AUGCCGGCGGCGGAGGCGCAGCUGGCGGACUGCGCGUGGUCCUACGGGAUGAAGCUCAGCUGGGACAUCAACGACCCGCAGAUGCCGCAGAAGCCAGCCCACUUUGACCGCUUCUGCGAGUGGCCGGACGGCUAUGUGCGCUUCAUCUACAGCAGCGAGGAGAAGAAGGCGCAGCGGCACCUGAGCGGCUGGGCCAUGCGCAACACCAACAACCACAAUGGCCACAUCCUCAAGAAGUCGUGCCUGGGCGUGGUGGUGUGUGCGCAGGACUGCGCCCUGCCCGACGGCUCGCGGGUUCAGCUGCGGCCAGCCAUCUGCGACAAGGCGCGGCUGAAGCAGCAGAAGAAGCCUUGUCCCAACUGUCACUCUGCUUUGGAAUUGAUCCCCUGUCGAGGGCACAGCGGUUACCCUGUAACCAAUUUCUGGCGACUGGAUGGCAAUGCAAUCUUUUUUCAGGCCAAGGGAGUUCAUGACCACCCAAGACCAGAGAGUAAGUCAGAGACGGAAGCUAGAAGAAGUGCAAUCAAGAGACAAAUGGCUUCUUUUUACCAACCACAGAAAAGGAGAAUUCAAGAACCUGAGGCAGGAGAGAGUCAAGAUCACAGCAGACAUUUCAACAACAUCCCUUCCCUGGAGAACCCAGAGGGCUUGGAUGUGAUUCCUGAUGCCAGCUUCCCUGUUCCGGGCCAGCCCUGCCUUUCCUUUCCAAACUCAGAUGCUUACAAAGCUACAUGCGACCUCACCACCUUCCAGGGAGACAUAGUACCACCCUUUCAGAAAUAUUCGAACCCAAGAAUCUAUUUGCCCCGGACCCCCUGCAGCUAUGAAUUGGCAGGUCCCGGAUAUGCAAAUUCGAGCCCAUAUCCCACCUUUUAUAAAGAUGCCAGCAGUAUCCUUAAGGACUCGGACUGGGUUCAUCUGAAUGCACGGCAGUACAACGUCAACACCUACAGCAGCUUUGAGAGGAGCUUUGAUUUCACCAGUAAACAGCACAGCUGGAAACCAGCCCUUGGAAAAGCUGGCCCGGGGGAGAGGACGGACCAAGGACAGUUCCCGCCCGAGGCCACUCACCCUCAGUACACCCCACAGCCCCCCUGCAGGUACCUUGCGACCACCCCGCCCGCCGCUCCAGCCCUUCAGACGGUGAUCACCACCACCACCAGAGUCUCCUACCAGGCCUGCCAGCCUCCCGCCCUGAAAUGCUAUGACAACGUGCGGGACGCAAAGAGCCUCUCCAGCUGUGACUAUGCUUCUGAAAACACCCAGAUGUCCAUCUACCCAGAAGCCUUGGACCUUCCAGCUCCAGUCAUCACAGCAAGCUCUCCAACAGCAUCACUUCCUCUGAAGAUUCCCAGAGAUUGCUGGACCGUCAGACAACACUCUCUGCCUUAUCCUCUAGGAGCAGCACCCUCCCGGACAGACGGACCAGAGGCCUGGGAAGUGUGUCCCUCCAGACUGGGGUCUGCAGUCAGCUAUUCAGAUCGAGUCAGUCCAUUCUUUAGCUGUGACAAUGAGAACUUUUGA